AUGAACAUCUCCCAUUUGGGGAACAAAACCUCCAACCCCACCACAUUCCUCUUGACGGGCUUCCCUGGGCUGGAGUACGCCCAUCGCUGGAUCUCCCUCCCCUUCUGCUUCAUCUACAUGACGGUGAUCUUGGGGAACUGCACAAUCCUCCAUGUGAUCCGAACAGACUCAAGCUUGCACCAGCCAAUGUAUUAUUUCCUCGCCAUGCUGGCCCUGACCGACCUGGGCUUGUGCCUCACUACGUUGCCCACAGUGCUGGGCAUAUUUUGGUUCGAUGCUCGCGAGAUCCCUUUCAGCGCCUGCUUCACCCAGCUCUUCUUCAUUCACUCUCUCUCCCUCGUUGAAUCUUCCGUGCUCUUGUCCAUGGCCUUUGACCACUUUGUGGCCAUCUGCAACCCGCUGAGAUAUGGCUCCAUCUUGACCACCCAGAGGAUCGUGACAAUGACGCUGGCCUUUGCAUUCCGCAGCUUUUCCCUGAUUGUGCCUCUGCCCCUGCUUCUCCGCCGCUUCCAUUACUGCAGGACCAACGUCCUCUCUCACUCCUACUGCUUGCAUCUGGAAAUCAUGAAGCUGGCCUGCUCGGACAUCAUCGUCAACCACAUCUAUGGGCUGACCGUUGUGGCCUUCACAGUGGGAAUCGACUCCCUCCUGAUCUUCCUCUCUUACGUCUUCAUCCUGAAAACAGUCCUGAGCAUUGCCUCCAGAGAAGAGCGCCUCAAGGCCUUCAACACUUGCGUCUCCCACAUCUGUGCUGUCCUGCUCUUCUAUGUGCCCAUGAUAGGCCUGUCGUUGAUCCACCGCUUUGGGGAACAUGCCCCUCACAUCGUCCACAUACUCAUGUCCUACGUCUAUUUGCUGGCACCUCCUCUGAUGAACCCAGUUGUGUACAGUAUCAAGACGAAGCAGAUCCGCCAACGUAUCCUUAAGAAACUCUGUGCUGUGAAGCUCAUCCAGUCAUAA